CGAGCCUCAGUGCGCAAGCGCCACACACCGAUUCCUCCCCCAGGGUGGGGCACCUGGGACCCGAAAUGGCGGCCGGCCGGUACCGCCGUUUUCUUAAACUCUGUGAGGAGUGGCCAGUGGACGAGACCAAACGGGGCCGGGACUUGGGCACUUACCUGCGACAGCGGGUAGCACAGGCCUUUCGGGAGGGAGAGAACACCCAGGUUGCAGAGCCCGAGGCCUGUGACCAGAUGUACGAGAGCUUAGCACGACUGCAUUCAAACUACUACAAACACAAGUACCCUCGCCCCAGAGACACCAGCUUCAGUGGCCUGUCCUUGGAGGAGUACAAGCUGAUCCUUUCCACAGACACCCUGGAAGAGUUUAAGGACAUGAAUAAAGGGCUGUGGAAGAAACUGCGGGAGAAGUUUGUCCCCAAGAGUCCCGAGGAGAAGCACAAGGCCUGGGCUCGGGUCUUGACUCGCCCGCCGACCUAACUGGAGUCUUGUACGUUGCUCUUGUCAAUAAAACCUCCUGACUUCCCCCA